GCACUGUGAAGACUCCCAAUCCUCCAAUCUGCGUUCCACGCCUCUCGUUAGCCCCUUCCCAGGAGAGGCUCAAAACCCGGAGCUACGGAAUCUGCGGAGCGGGACACAAAGCACGACCGCCGGAGCCGAGCAUGCGCAGUAGCCCAGCCCAGCCCGGCCGCUCUCGCCGCUGGGGGAGGGUCAUCCAAGCCUGACGUCCGCGACGCCGUCGUCAGCGCCCCGGGAAGAGGAGGGCGAAGACUCCAUCCGCCAUGUUGGAUGCCGCAGAUUCGCCAUAACCGCGCCGGCUCUUUUCUUAAAAAAAUAAAAAUAAAAAGCGAAGCAUCAGCGGAGCGCCCCGCCUUCUCGGUCGGCGCGGGAGGGGGCCCAGAAGAGCCCGAGGCUUUUUUUUCCUCCGCGGUGGGGGCGUUGCCAUGGAGACGCGGGCGGCAGAAAACCCAGCCAUCUUCAUGUGUAAAUGUUGUAACCUUUUCUCACCAAGUCAAUCGGAACUCCUCUCCCACGUUUCUGAGAAGCACGCAGAAGAGGGGGUUAAUGUGGAUGAGAUCAUCAUUCCCCUGAGGCCUCUGAGUACCCCUGAACCCACCAACCCAGGCAAGACCGGAGAUGAGUUUUCGGUCAUGAAGAGGAAGAGAGGCAGGCCAAAGGGGUCCACGAAGAAGGCCAGCCCCGAAGAGGAACUGACGGAAAACAACGUUAUUCCCAGCGGGGACAGCCCGCGGGCCCCCGAGGGAGGGGGCAGCCUGACUCCCAGCAGCCUGGAGUGCAGCAAGUGCUGCCGGAAGUUCUCCAACCCACGCCAGCUGCGGAAGCAUAUCUGCAUCAUCGUGCUGGACCUGGGCGAGGAGGAGGGAGAGGCCGGUAACGAAUCUGACCUUGAACUGGAGAAGAAGUAUAAGGAAGAUGAUCGAGAAAAGGCCCCGAAGAGACUGCGGACUCAGAGAGUGGAGAAAGUCCAGAAGGUCUGCUCGGGAAAAGAGGCCGCGCAGAUCUCCGGAGCCAAGAAGCCCAUCAUAAGUGUGGUUUUAACGGCUCAUGAAGUGAUUCCAGGUGCUACCAAGAUUGUUCCGGUGGAGGCUGGGCCCCCGGAAGCAGGAGCCGCAGACCCCGAGGCCGCGGUGGCCGACCUGGCGCCCCGGAGAGGGUACCAGGAGUACGCCAUCCAGCAGACACCCUAUGAGCAGCCCAUGAAGUCGAGCAGGCUCGGGCCCACCCAGCUCAAGAUCUUCACCUGUGAGUACUGCAACAAGGUCUUCAAGUUCAAGCACUCGCUGCAGGCCCACCUGCGGAUCCACACCAACGAGAAGCCGUACAAGUGCUCCCAGUGCAGCUACGCCAGCGCCAUCAAGGCCAACCUCAACGUGCACCUGCGCAAGCACACGGGCGAGAAGUUCGCCUGCGACUGCUGUUCCUUCACCUGCCUGAGCAAGGGCCACCUCAAGGUGCACGUGGAGCGGGUGCACAAGAAGAUCAAGCAGCACUGCCGCUUCUGCAAGAAGAAGUACUCGGAUGUCAAGAACCUCAUCAAGCACAUCCGCGACGCGCACGACCCGCAGGACAAGAAGGUCCAGGAGGCCCUGGACGAGCUCUGCCUGAUGACCAGGGAGGGCAAGCGGCAGCUGCUCUACGACUGCCACAUCUGCGAGCGCAAGUUCAAGAACGAGCUGGACCGCGACCGCCACAUGCUGGUCCACGGUGACAAGUGGCCCUUCGCCUGCGAGCUCUGCGGCCACGGGGCCACCAAGUACCAGGCGCUGGAGCUGCACGUCAGGAAGCACCCGUUCGUGUACGUCUGCGCCCUCUGCCUCAAGAAGUUCGUCAGUUCCAUCCGCCUGCGCGCCCACAUCAAGGAGGCGCACGGGGCCGCCCAGGAGACCCUGGUCUUCACCAGCUCCAUCAACCAGAGCUUCUGCCUCCUGGGGCCCGGCGGGGACAUCCAGCAGGAGGCCCUGGGCGGGCAGCUGCAGCUGGCGGAAGAGGAGUUUGUGUUCCAGGGGGUGAACGCACCCAAGGAGGCGGCCGGCGCUGGGGACGCUCGUCCCGAGGAGGGGUCCGAGGCCCCAACAGAGGUGCCCGCCGUGCCUGUGUGCUCGGCCGCCGCCCAGGCAGACAGCGCCGCCCCAGCACCCUGCGAGCUGGCGGCCUCUGCGGUGUCCUCCGACCUUUGUCGGCACGCGGUGGUUUCCGAUGAGUUCCUGUUGAAGAGUGAUCCCUCCUCUGCCGAGGCUCUGGCUGCUCCGGAGAAGACCUUGCACACCCAGCAGGGAGGCUCCAGUCCAGCUCAGGGCCAGGACGUCGCACCACUGCUGUCCAAGGCCAAAGGCGCCGCAGCAAACCCGGAAGCCCAGGGCGCCAAGAACCCCCCAGCUGAAGGGCAGCAAGUGGCUGCCCUCCCAUCCGAUGGCCCAGAUCCCGGUAGGGGUCUCAGGGCAAACCCAGCCGAGGCCUCAGACCCUCCUCCGGGAGCUGGUGGGAGGGACGCGGCCCUGUGCCGGCCUGACUCUUGCACGCCCCUCCCCGAGCACCGGGCGGGCAUCACUGCGUUCAUGAAGAUCCUGGACAGUUUACAGAAGAGGCGCAUGAAUACCGGCCUGUGCGAGAGGAUCCGGAAGGUGUAUGGCGACCUGGAGUGCGAAUACUGUGGCAAACUUUUUUGGUACCAAGUGCAUUUUGACAUGCAUGUCCGCACCCACACCCGGGAACAUCUGUAUUAUUGCUCCCAGUGUCAUUAUUCUUCCAUCACCAAAAACUGCCUUAAACGCCAUGUAAUUCAGAAACACAGUAACAUCUUGCUGAAGUGUCCCACUGACGGCUGUGACUACUCGACUCCAGAUAAAUAUAAGCUGCAGGCACAUCUUAAAGUUCACACAGAGCUGGACAAAAGGAGUUAUUCUUGUCCUGUGUGUGAAAAGUCUUUUUCAGAAGAUCGACUGAUAAAGUCACAUAUCAAGACCAACCAUCCCGAGGUUUCCAUGAGCACCAUUUCCGAGGUUCUCGGGAGGAGGGUGCAGCUGAAAGGGCUCAUUGGAAAGAGAGCCAUGAAAUGCCCGUAUUGUGAUUUCUAUUUCAUGAAGAAUGGCUCAGACCUUCAGCGUCAUAUUUGGGCUCAUGAAGGUGUGAAGCCCUUCAAAUGUUCUUUGUGUGAGUAUGCAACUCGUAGCAAGAGUAACCUCAAGGCUCAUAUGAACCGUCAUAGCACUGAGAAGACCCACCUAUGUGACAUGUGUGGCAAGAAAUUCAAGUCAAAAGGGACAUUGAAAAGUCACAAGCUCCUUCACACUGCUGACGGGAAGCAGUUCAAGUGCACGGUGUGUGACUACACAGCAGCCCAGAAGCCACAGCUGCUGCGGCACAUGGAGCAGCACGCCUCCUUCAAGGCCGUCCGCACUCCUCGGCUCGUGGCCCCUUCGUCUUGUCUUCAAAGCCAGCCUUUCCGCUGCGCCCAUUGCCACUACUCAUGCAACAUCUCGGGCUCCCUGAAGCGGCACUACAACAGGAAACACCCCAACGAGGAGUACACCAACGUGGGCACCGGGGAGCUGGCGGCCGACGCACUCAUCCAGCAAGGUUGUUUGAAGUGUCCUGUGUGCAGCUUCGUCUAUGGCACCAAAUGGGAGUUCAACAGGCACUUGAAGAACAAGCAUGGCCUGAAGUUGGUGGAGAACGAAGGAGAUCCCAAGUGGGAGCCAGCAACAGAAACUCCGGAGGAGCCCUCCACCCAGUACCUGCAUAUCACCGAAGCCGAAGAGGACGUCCAGGGCACACAGGCAGCGGUGGCUGCCCUCCAGGACCUGAGAUACACCUCAGACAGUGGUGACCGACUUGACCCCACGGCUGUAAACAUCCUCCAGCAGAUCAUCGAGCUGGGCACCGAGACCCACGACGCCACUGCCGUUGCCUCGGUGGUUGCCAUGGCGCCCGGGACGGUGACUGUCGUGAAGCAGGUCACGGACGAGGAGCCCAGUUCCAACCACACGGUCAUGAUCCAGGAGACCCUCCAGCAGGCCUCCGUGGAGCUGGCUGAGCAGCAUCACUUGGUGGUGUCCUCCGACGACGUGGAGGGCAUUGAGACGGUAACCGUCUACACGCAGGGCGGGGAGGCCUCGGAGUUCAUCGUCUACGUGCAGGAGGCCGUGCAGCCCGUGGAGGAGCAGGCCGUGGGGCAGCCGGCCCCGGAGCUCUAGAGGACACGCAGUGUGGGACAGCGCCACGGGGCAGGGCUGCCGGCCUCUGUGCAGCCCCCGGGACAGCCAGGGCGGGGAGGCCCCAGAGAAGUGCUCUCCCAGGCUCUCCUCUGCGCUGUCCACCCUGGCGGCCGCGUGGGGCUCUCCUGGCCCGGCUUUGGGUGGGCGAGGGAUCGGCAUCACCAGCGACACAGGAGCGCUGCCCCCAGCACAGGCACACGCACCUUCCCCCCGCGUCGUCUGCUUCCAGAAAGACCUGUGCCUCAACUCCCCAAACAUGGCCCGUACCGCAUAGCCCCUUUGCUUCAAGUGUCGAACAGAGACCCCCAAUUCUCAUCGGCGUCUUCCCUGAAUCACAGCCUAACUCCUUGACCCCUGUCUGGGUGCCGAAUCUUUACCUGGGACUGCUCUGCAGCCUGGUAACCAGGAGACAGCUGUCAGAGAAAGCGACCUUAACGGUGUUUGAAUCACCUGUGAGAGAAAAGAGGGGAGGGGUUAUCUACACAGUUCCACCCUCCUCAGGCCUCAAGGGCGCUUAUUAUCAUGUGAAGUAAUGAUGGUUUGACGGCCCUCCCGCUCCCAUCACACGUGGUGGUCUCAGCUUACUAUCUUGGAAUUCUUUUGCUUUUAAAAUAAAUGCACUUUCUCCUAUUCACCUCCUACUCUAUGGAGGUGAGUUGGAUAGAAUAAAAGCAUUCUCUGCCUGA